AUGGACGGAGAUCUAGUGUAUUACUCAGAAUGCUGUGCACUAUUCAAGAGUAUUAGAGAGCUGGACCCAGAGGACAUCGAGGCCCACGUACCCUCACUGCAGAGGUUGCCGCAGACGCUUCUGGGACACAUCGAUCUCGGCCUUUCUCCACAAAUAUCUGACGAAGUAAAGGAACAGGGGAGAGAGGCCGGCCUUUCAGACGAAGCCAUUUCUGUAGCAGCAAAAUUCUCACUACGUGCCCAUGCAUAUAGAGCCCUUAUAUCUCUCUGCCAUGCUCUUCAAGGAUCUCCUUCCAACACCCACUUAGCUACCUGUUUGACAGAGAUCUGGCAAAGCAACCUUCCCACUCGGCUAGUCGAUUCUGUUACCAGUCUAGUAACGGGACAGGGUACAGUCCUUACACCAGCUGUCCUUGCCCAACCUUCCCCAGUACAACUUCUGACUGCCCAGCUAGUAGCCGAAGAUCUGAGGCACGCAUCAAUCGUUCUGUAUUGCUUGUCCACGGCCAAAAGACCGUCUGCGCAAUUCGUGGCAAUGUGCUGCCGUCUUGCUCAGACUAGUGAGGCCGUCCUAGAGCAGCUACACAAAUGCUUCUAUGCACUUCCGGUAGUCCUUCAGAGAGUGAUGAGCAACGUUACGAUGGCUACGCAUAUCCUUUCUGUGACGUAUGUCUCGGCCUACGUUAACUGUGCUGAGCUACCCGGGCCUGACCAAGCUGUACAGAGUGCUCGGAACCUCUAUGCUUGUGACCUGAUUCCCAUUAUGUCCACUGCCGCCACGAGCAGCGCUGCACGUACUGCAUUCUUCUGGCUGUAUUGUGUGUUCUCUACGUUCAAGCCGUCAUAUUCGCAGGAGAGUCUUGCAGAGAUAGUUCAACUUACAUUUACCGAACUGUGCCAGCAAGAACUUGAUCCUGCGCUACGUGCACGGAAAGAGACUAUGAAGUUAGGGUCUUUGAGCAGAAACCAGCUCUUUGCAGAACAGGAGAAGCAGACUGCCUUUGGCCGCGUGGCCACCAGUAUUGCCCAGCCCGUUCAUCGUCAGCCGGGCGCUAAAGAAUACCCUUCAGUAAUUGAAUUUGAGGAAAAGCUGAGCCUCGUUAGAACGUACCUCUCCCGCCAUUUGAUGGAUGACAACGUUAUAAGCUCCCUGUUGGACUAUACAUCCGUAAAGCCUAUUCUUCACAUUGCAGAGUUUCCAGCGCCAUCUUUUGGGGUAUUUAUUAACUUUGCGAGGAUCUGUUACCACGUGAAACAUAUGGAUGACCCUGGUAAUAACAACCCAAUGACCGGCAUAAAUGCCUCCAACGAAGCGGAAUAUAGGGAUUACCUACUGGAUCAGAUCUCCUUGACGGAAUUCACAGAUGUGGUCCUGCGUCUGGCAAUGGCCGGUGUUUCUCUUUAUCUAGAGACAGAUCGAACUCUCCGCUUUGUUCCACCUAUAACUGUGAGCCUAGGCAAGGUUACCGACGGUUUGUGCACACUUGUUCAUGACGAUUUUCUGGCGAUUUUGCCAUCUUUGUAUAACACGCUGGGGGCUCUUUUCGGAACAACAUUCAGCUGGAUGGAUCCUAUCGUUAAGCAGUGCAGAUUCGAGGAGGCACGGACGUACUAUGAACUUGUAGGCUUUUUGAUGGAUAAGUGCCUGGAUUACGAGCGGUCUGAGAUUGAUGCACUUCAGAGCUCCCACGGUCAACGGAAAAGUAUCGCUAACGUUGGAAUAAGUCGCUACGAUAGGCACAACUUUGCCACUGCUGCAGGAAGCCUAGAGCCAAUGCUUGGGGGAGGCGCUCACAGUGCUGGGCAUUUGGGGAUGACACUUGGAGCUGUUGAGCUCCCAAACAUGCACAUGUAUUGCUCUCGACUUAUGGCCUGCGUCGGAUGCAUGCUUGCCGUUGGCGGAGAUCACGCAUUUCGAGGUCUCAAUAGCGAUAAUAUCGUCUCCCUUAUACUGGGAUGGAUUUUUUCAGAGCUGGACACUCCUGGCCAAAUCCUAGGGGCUAUCUCUAUUACCCAGGGUCUUGCUCACUGUCCUGCUUACGGAGUUAAUUGCAUGAAGACGCUGUUAAGAAAUACAGCAGACACAACCCUCACCAAACCAUUGGCUGAUCUUGUUAACUCGCAGAAGGCUGCUCACAUUGGCGCAUAUGGCCAGGAAACUGUAGGGUACGGCGGAUUUGAUAUUAGCAUGGUGUCUACCAAAUUAAAUAGUAAGAUAUACAAUGCUGUGACCUCUUACGCUGCACCAUUCAGCAUUUACCUUAUCAAUAAGCUUAUCAUCACAAUCGGUGGUGCAGACCUGUUUAUAAAAGAUGAAUUCUCACCUGCUCCGAGGUCUAAUGCUAAACAUGCGCCAGUAGAAAUGGUUAGGGAGACUGCUUUUGGGAUCCAGCAUAUCAGCGUGUCUGGCGUGCACGUGAACUACGAGGGCCGAGGAGGAUCGGCUCCAGGUCUUGUAAGACCUGAUGAUGUUACUGCAAUUCUGACUGCAAGGGACGUCAUCUCUUUUGAGAACGAGUCUGACUAUGUUCCUCAAACAUUAAAGACAACGAGAAACCAGCUUCUCAAGACUCUGACUACGAACCUUACACCAUUGACGAGCACCUCCGAUUUCGAUCUUCUUAUCUUGGAACAAUCCGUUCGAACCCUGGCUCUUUACGACAUAAAUCCAGAGAUUGUAUCUCAGAUUGCUUUCUCCGUCCUUUUGCGCUUGGCCGUGACUCUCACCAUAACGAUCGACCCUGCUACCAGACAUCCCAAAUACAAUAACAUUUUGGAAGCUCAAACAAACCUGCGAUAUUUACGACUCUUGGAGGCGGCACUCUCUCUUCUGGCCAGCGCCAACUCCACGGAGUCUAUUAUAUUUCUUAGAGGCUUGGCUAGCACCCCCCUCACACCAGACAUAGCUACCAUAUGUAGUUCUUUAACAGAAAUAACGUUCCAAACAGGACCCCUCUAUGAAGCAGGUGGUUUUAGUAGUGUGGAGUUGGCGACCCCACUGCAUGCGCUGGAAGACAUGAUAACUUCUAUCAUAUAUUCAUCUUUUAUCGGGGGGAAAUCUGCACUGAUUGAUCUUCUUCAGUCAUACUUGUCGUCGUCCCUGUGCAUCCAUGCAAAGGUCCGAGUUGAGUACAUGCAUCGUUCUGUUUGCACAGUCGCCAGGGAGAUAUCACUGAUAGUUCUAAGCGACUUAUCCUCGAGCGAUCGGAAUUAUAACGAGUCUACCAAUCUUCUUGCGGUACUUCGCACCCUGAACAAGCAUAGUAGUCUCCUGCACCUCUUUGAUAGCAUCCUUAAGCUCUUUAAUAUCUGUCUGCGUUCAUCCUUGACAUCUACCGACGAGGAUCUUCUCAUAGGGAUUUCAGAAGUUCUCAUUCUUGAUCACUUUUCAAUUCUCGCUGAAUCAAUGAUGGAUAUUCUCCUCUCCGAUCACGAAUUUCUCUCUACCACAGCAAUGUUUGUCUCCAACUCUGCGAUUGCUGCGCUGCAUUCACAGCACAUCUAUACUCUGGUGAAUACUCAGCCCCUUAUUCAGACACCCCCAGAGUCAUCAGAGCAGUCUGUGAUCAGCAGCCUUCUCUUCAUUGCACGACUUCUUGUUUUAGCAAGGCAUCCGACGUUCCUUAUUCCUAACGUCACCAACGCGAUAAACCUUUUGAUAAACUCUCGAGCCACAUGUCCAUAUGACGGGGAUCUACCAGGUCGUUACGCUGCUCAGGAUACCACUGGAAAGUAUGCUACGGCUAACCGAGUCACUGUCUACAGAGAGCAAGUCUCAGUUAGAAUGGGGACAUCAUCAUUCAUUCUACUGCUUUUCUGUCUUCUGGACCACUUCUGUACGAGCAGCCUCCACAACGCAGCGAAAGUGCUUCUCUUGGAGCUGCGCAAGUCUAUGGGCUCGGAUGCACUUGCGCGUGAAAUAGAAGGGUCAUGCUCAUUUAGGGAGAUGCUUAUUCGUGCUCGACAUAGCUUCCUACACAGCCCAACUUGUGCUGAGGCUCUCCUGGUGGCUGUGUCAUGCGAGCUACCAUCGGAAACUAGCUUGCUUUCAAGCAGGAUUCUUUGGACGCCAUCGCCCCGGCUUCUUAAGCUGUUCUUUCUGGGUGAGGAGUCCCGUCGCGUCGUAGAGCACCGAAGCAUGCUCAGAUUGGACCGCACAACAUCUUUAUAUCAUGCCCUUCAAACCCUCCUGAAGCGCAAUGAUGAUAGCCUUUGGCUUUACCCAGGGGUUGCUGAGCAUGGUUACAAUCUUCUCUCACAAUUUCUGGAAUACACCUUUGUAGGGCCCCAAGCACCACAGUCACAAGAUGCAAUGCACGUCCUUACUGAUCUCGGAGGCGAAUUCUUCACUGAUCUGUUCAUAAAGACAGGCUUGAUCGCAAGGCGAGCACGACGGCUUCAAGACGCGGCUUUGAAUAACGGGGCUAUGGGGGACCCUGUGAGAGACGAGACAGACUUGCAGCUUAUGAACAAAACUACUGCUGUGCUGUUUGCCACUGCUUCAUGCCUGCGAUUGAUGACGAUAUACCUUCAUAUUAUCUUUAACUCUAGCAAUCUUGUACGUGACAUAACGGUUUCUGAACUUAUCAGUGGCCUUUUUGGGCUUGUAAUUGGCACCCUCUGUUAUCCACAAUGUAAUGAGGAUAGCCUAGAUAGACUUCUUGAAACGCUUCCUCCAGCAGAUAGGGAGAAAAUGCGCCCACCAAGGACUCCUGCCAAAUUCGAUUCGUUCUCACACGACGCAAUUCAAGUAAUUACAAUGGCAGCUGCUGAAGCCUUCUCAGCAAACACAGGCACAGACUAUCUUAAUCUCUACGAAAUCAUCAUCGAGUGUAUGCAAAUACUCUCCGACACGCCUAAGCCAGAGCUUUCUGACGUGUCUCAACACGCCAUUUUACCAGCGGUUUCCAAUUUGACAGGCCAAGGGCUGCGAUACGCUCCACUCGUAAGUCAAACAAAGCUUCGGACUCAGCUUAUUUUAUCGCCACUUACUCAGGAUCAAAGGGAAAAGGUAAUGCGUGACUCAGUUCUCAUCAACAACAACGCCUGUUUAAUGGAAGGAUUCACUGCCUUUCUCCGUGCUCUUAACAAUCUUCAGUCAGGAGCCUACAGGACUAUCUGUGACUCCAUUCGAGCAGGCCUCCUCUCCAACUGUGGUAAAGUCAUUCCCUUGUCUGCUCUCAUGAACACAUAUCUAGUCUCGUCUAUCGUGCCCUUGAAUUGCUAUGUCUACGUUAAAGAUCGUAUCCUCACAAAUAUAGUCCCGGAAAUUCUCGACGAGAUGCUAUUUGCAAUCCAGCAAGCAGCUGUUCUUAUCAAGCAGCAGAUAUGCAGCGCUGAUUCCGGCGAUAUAUUUUUCUUGAGUGCAUCCUGCUUCAAUUGGCUAAAGCUUUCGGUCCGUGUUCUGGCCAACAUCGUCCCCGAUCAUAACGAGUGUUCAUUGCAGCAUGCUUUCAGUGCGACGGCAAGUGUAAUGCAAACCAUUUGUCACAUUGCAAACGUUGCAUCAGAGCGUGGAGCCUUCAUGAUCAGUUUUCUUGAAAAGCUGUCUUCAGAGUUGAAUGUUCAGUCCUACUUUUCAGACGCCUUCAGAAUUGCAAUGUCUACCGUUGGAACAUGCAGCAGCAAAGUCCUAAGCCCAGAGAUCAAAGAAUAUACAGGGCAUGCUGCGCUUACAAUGAUUCAAAGCACCAUUGAGCUGAUUGACAUUUUGCUUGCAUUUUCGUCUGUCACAGAAGAGGUAUCUACUCUGUUCACCGAAUUCUUGCACAGACUUGUUAAUCAGGGGACAAUGACAGACCUGUUUGAAACAGUAUUAGGAAUUGGGCGAACGCUGUUUAGUUUAGUUGCGCCUCUCAAAACUACAUCGCUCGUAACGCAAUCUGUGGCCAUGAGCCGCAGGAUUGAUACCGCUAAGUCUCACUUCAAAGCAUUGGCAGUGGCUCCACUGGGAACAGCAACAGUGGAUAAACUAGGAUCACUAGCAGAUGUGCCAGAACUUGCUGGAGCUUUCCAGCAGACGAAUGCGCCCGAUCACAUAUCAACAGGAAUGGCUGCAGGUAUCUUGCCUUACAACAUCACCCCAGCCGGCACUCUGUUUGUUCGCGGGCUAUUACUUCUGGUUGCCAGGCUUGCGAAUUGGUGUAGAGACCAAUUGCUUAUUGAGUCCUAUGUGGGCCGUCUAGUUGAGGAAGGAUCUGGUUGGAAUGAGCUGCUUAAGCUUCUUUCCUUCAAUACUUUAAGAGAGAGAAUGGCUGAUGGGACAGAUUCAAUCGAUCAGACAUUUCGUAGUUUCUUUGUAGAUGGUACAAAUUCACUCGAGGAGAUCUAUGAACUGGCCGCUGGCAAGAGCGCCGUUGGCGAGAUUAUCACAACCAGCCAAUACAAUGCCCUUAUGUCCAGCUUUCUGUUUCGUAUCCAUUCCGUGGGCUAUGCGUUUUUGUCGAUGCUUGCCACUAUUGUGUCUGUUACUCCUGAUAGACAUCAGAAAAGCGGUCUCACCCAGAAAAACACCAAGAGCCUUGUCCCCUCUCACUUCUACACGGCUAUUGUCCCCAAUAUCAUUUCCAAUAUUCACAUACUAAUGUCUCUGAAGGCCUCAGUCCAACCUGGAAUAAAGUUUUGCAGAGAAAGCCCAUUGCCACUCAUACUGACUCUGGUGUUAGGAGAGGUGGACAAGUGCUUAGCCAUUGUCUUCGCUGAUGGUGUCCACAGUAACGAAAUUGUGAGGAGCCUUUGCAAUUUUCUUUGCGUGACUUCGGACAUACUCGGCCAGACCGUUCCCCCAAUUCAAUCCUCAAUGCAGCAGGGGAUAUCCUACUAUCCUUUACCUACCGCGGCCUUCAUCCCUCCUAUCUCUUCUGCCGUCAGUUGCUUGCUUGAGUAUAUAAUUUACUCUCUUUCUGGCGUUACCGGAGCAACUGUGGGUGUGGGAGGCGCUGUCACUUCCCAGCUUCUAACAGUUACUCGUGACAUUGGUAGCUCUGUAAUUCCUCUUUUCGAUGGCAUUUUGUUUGCGCUUACGAGCUUUAGUAGUAAUGACACCCUGGAUGAAAAUAAUUGUCUUCAGUGCAUAGAGCGUAUUGAAUACAUCCUUCUUGUGUUACUUCAACCGGAGUACCAAUUAAUCAUUGAUAAAGCAUAUAGUGGGGACGUUGUGUCUCGCCCUAAUGUUGGGUAUGUUGACAUGAGUAACAAGCUUGAACACAUUAUGCUUACAGUAACUGAAUCUGAUAGCCAAGCAACUGGAAACCUGGUAAAGAUAAUUCGCUCGAUACUGAAGUGUCACGUAUAA